CAGCCAUGCUGUUCUGGCACACGCAGCCCGAGCACUACAACCAGCACAACUCCGGCAGCUACCUGCGCGAUGUGCUGGCCCUGCCCAUCUUCAAGCAGGAGGAACCCCAGUUGUCCCCUGAGAAUGAAAUGCGCCUGCCGCCCCUGCAGUACGUGCUGUGUGCAGCCACAUCUCCUGCAGUGAAGCUACAUGAAGAGACUCUGACCUACCUGAAUCAAGGUCAGUCUUAUGAAAUUCGACUGCUGGAGAAUCGAAAACUGGGAGACUUUCAAGAUCUGAACACAAAAUAUGUCAAGAGCAUCAUCCGAGUGGUAUUCCAUGACCGCCGGCUACAGUACACGGAGCACCAGCAACUGGAGGGCUGGCGGUGGAGUCGGCCUGGAGACCGGAUCCUGGACAUUGAUAUCCCACUGUCUGUUGGUAUCUUGGACCCCAGGGCCAACCCAACUCAGCUGAACACAGUUGAAUUUUUGUGGGAUCCUUCAAAGAGAGCAUCAGCAUUCAUUCAGGUACAUUGUAUCAGCACAGAGUUCACCCCUCGGAAGCACGGGGGUGAAAAGGGCGUGCCUUUCCGAGUGCAGAUUGACACCUUUAAGCAGAACGAGAACGGAGAGUACACGGAGCACUUGCACUCGGCCAGCUGCCAGAUCAAGGUGUUCAAGCCCAAGGGGGCUGACCGGAAACAGAAGACAGACCGGGAGAAGAUGGAGAAAAGAACUAUGCAGGAAAAGGAGAAAUACCAGCCAUCCUAUGAGACCACCAUCCUCACAGAGUGCUCGCCAUGGCCUGACGUGGCCUACCAGAUGAACAGCGCCCCAUCCCCAAGCUACAAUGGUUCUCCAAACAGCUUUGGCCUCGGUGAAGGCAACAACUCUCCGACCCAUCCAGUGGAGGCCCUGUCCCUGGGCACUGAUCACCUGCUCCCAUCAACCUCUAUCCAGGACGCCCAGCAAUGGCUCCAUCGAAACAGGUUCUCACAGUUCUGCCGACUCUUUGCCAGCUUCUCAGGUGCUGACUUGCUGAAGAUGUCUCGAGAUGAUUUGGUCCAGAUCUGUGGUCCCGCAGAUGGGAUUCGGCUCUUCAAUGCCAUCAAAGGCAGGAAUGUGAGGCCAAAGAUGACCAUUUAUGUCUGUCAAGAGCUGGAGCAGAACCGAGUUCCCUUACAGCAAAAGCGGGAUGGUGGGGGAGAUAGCAGUCUAUGUGUGUACCAUGCCAUCUUCCUGGAGGAACUCACCACAGUGGAGCUGAUUGAGAAGAUCGCCAACCUGUACAACAUCUCCCCUCAGCAUAUUCACCGAGUCUACCGGCAGGGACCCACGGGCAUCCACGUGGUGGUGAGCAAUGAGAUGGUGCAGAAUUUCCAAGAUGAAUCAUGCUUUGUCCUCAGUACUUUAAAAGCUGAGAGCAAUGAUGGUUACCACAUCAUCCUGAAAUGUGGCCUCUGA